AUGGCUUUUUUUUUAUCAGUUGAUUAUGAUUUUCCUUUAACAGUGUUCUACGGAGCUGUUGAGAAAAGAAAGGGAAUCAUUUGUGGUUUUGCGAGGAGAAUAUCACGAACAAUUCCAGGUCUACGUCGUGAGGGCGAAGACUUCUGUGACAGAGUCAACCUUCUAGAAAGAUUACGAACAUAUGUGCGGAUACAACUCUACAGUAUUUUCGUCGGCGUUUAG